AUGUCUGUCUUUGAGGAAGGCACGGCGCUGGUGGGCAAGGUGAAGUCGGCAGACGGCACAAUCCAGACGAAGGAGUUGCUGGAGGUGUGCCGGUCCAUCCUGCCGAUAGUAGACAAGCUGGGCACCGGGUUUGGGCUGGUCAAGCACGACGUGGGUGGCAACAUUGACCGGCUAGCCAGCUGCGCGGCCACCAAGCCGGAGGUGUACCAGGCAGACGCGUUUCAGAUGGUGCGGGACGACGUGGCGGCGGGCACCCACACCGGCUCCUCGUCUGUCACUAAAGGCCUGCUGUGGCUCAAGAGGGCCAUGGAGUUCAUUGUGGCACUGCUGGACAAGCUGCACAGCGACCGUGCCAUGCCGCUCAGCACCGCAGCCAGCGAGACGUACUACACCACGCUGCAGCGCUACCACGGCUGGAUCGUGACGGGGACCUUCACAGUGGCGCUCAAGCUGGUGCCCAGCAGGGAGACAUUUUUCGAGAAGGUGGGGGCACAGGCGGGCGACGACUCCACCAUGCAGCAGAUGCACGCCUUCUGCACCGCCUUUGGCGUGGUGCUGGCGGACAUCCAAACCUUCCUGGCAGAAAACGACCUGGACGACCCCACCAAAGUCUAGGGCGGCUGCCCCGAGAGUCCCGACUUGGGGCGUAUGUGCUACUGACUGUCGCCGGCCCUAUAUCCAACUUGGGGCGGGCGGCGCGCCCGCCGCUGGAGCGCUGGUUGCGUGAUUUACGAACAAUUUGUGAAAUGAAUUGACUGACGAUAUCGAAAUGCCAUUGACUUUUGAAUUCCCGCAAGUGUAACACAGAGUGUGC